AUGAUCUCCGAUGACGACUUUUCUCCACCCACCUCCCCCUCUCUAUUAACGCCCGGGGACUACAUUGGCAUGCAGUCCUGCGUCGACGUUCUGACUGACGAAGAAUUGGGUUCCGGUCGCCUCCGUCAUAAACCUAACCGUUUUAGCAAGAGAGAGGAAAGAUCGUUAAGGUGGGUACCCAAGAAGAUGAAGAUGAAAGACUAUAUGGAGGUUCCACCUCCCAUCCCGUCGCUGGCGCGAACGGAGAAUCUUCCUUCUCACAUGCCUUGGAUUUUGAAGAGGCAUUACACGACCGACGGACGGUUGAUUUUGACCGAGGAGAAGGUGAGGCACCAUGAGUACUUUAGGGCACACAGAUCCAACGGCCGUCUUAGGCUGCAGCUUGUCCCGCUUGACGACGACGUUUUAGUUCCACCAGUUGCUUGUGAUGGUGAUGAUGAUGAUGAUGAUGAGGAGGAUGAUGAUGAGUACUGUAGUGAGUAUGAUGACAAUAUAGAUGCUUAUGAUGAUUAUGACGACGAAGACAAUGAUGAUGCUUAUGGCUAUGAUUAUGAUAGCCAUAAAUAA